CGCCCGCCCUGCCGAGCCUCGGAGCCUCAGAUCACCAUGGCAGCUGGUUGGUGGUGGGCGCUUAAACAUUUCGUGUUGUGUGUUUUCGUGUGUGCUAGCCAUGUGUGUGCGGGGCGCCGUGUUCCAGUCAGGAUUGAUUCUAUAUUCACCUCGGGAGCCAGCCUUCAGUGGAAGCCCGAUGACGGAGCCGUGGUGGUUGCCGGCGAGGAGACAAAGCUGGAGCUGUGGGGCUCAGGACUCUCUAGGAGAGUGGAAGUUGGGCUGACGGCGGCGCGGGGGGUGCAAGGGACGCCGUGCCGGGCCCGUGUCACGCCCCCUCUUGUCCCUGCCAAUGACACCAACACCCACAACUAUGCCGCGUACACCAUCCCGGCCAGCUACACCAGUCCUAUCCCGGUGGAAGAUGAGCUGGAGCUGUGGGUGUGCACGCAGGAGCAACAUCCGAUUAGUAGCAGUGGCCGCACUCGUCACGCUGGGGGCUGGGUGCACCAGGGACACCCGACUCACCUGCUGUUGUUGGCUAGCCCACGGACGCCCGUCCACAGACUAAGCUUGCGAAGUAUAGACCGACUCUCCUCGGCCGGUGGCCAGCCACUCGCCACUCCUCACACCGAGUCCUCCAAUGCUACAGAUGCCCCAGUGACGGAGUCCCGCGUGGUGGGUGAUGGUGGCGUUCCGGGGAUCGCUACGGUGUCUGGCGGUGAUGACCAGAAAAUAAAACUUACCCGUGUCCCCAGCACCGCCAGGCCUCAGCACGGAAAGGAGAUGGCGGGCGAGCCAGGAGGUGCCCUGGCUGACCCUAACAAUGGGAAUUUUAAUAAUGAAGCAAAAAAAUUGAAGGAUAGUGAAGCGGACAGGACCGAAACAACAGAGAAAGUUGUUGAUGCUAGUGGUGCCGGAGUGCCGCCAGACGUGAUGCUGUCUGACGCGCCCGCUCCUCCUGGCGUGGCGGGCAGAACUCCUGAAGGAGAACUUGUUAGUGAUGACAGAACUAGUGGCAGUGAGGAUUCAGUGGAUAGUGAGAAAGAAAUGGCUGACUUGUCCGAUGAUAUGAGGAAUCUCAUGAAGGAGACUAUAUCGAGUGUCAGCUUGAGCCAGCCUAACAGUCGCUCGCCCGCGGCGCCUCACGCCAGGGAAAGCUCAGAGCCAGACCUAGCCAACGACUACGAGGGCAGCGCCGAUGAGAUGGUAAGGAUCUCUGGCCUGAGGGUGGAGGCGCACGGGAAGGGCAUCGAGUACGAGGAGCUGGCAGGCAGCGUGCUGGUCAACACGGAGGCCACGUUGCGUCUCUUCGGCCAGGUCCUCACCACCGACACAGAGAUUCUCUUCACGGCCAACCCGGCGGAGGCUGGGGAAGUGUGCGGCGCCCACCUCUCCAAGGCGUUCAAGGUGAAGGAGGCGGGCGACGGUUGGGCCACUGUGGUCGUCAAGUUGCCUUCCAUGAGCACAGACCAGAAGCGAUGGUACCUGUGCGUGCGCGCCUCGGACCAGGACCAGGCCUACCACCAGGGCAACGACCCCUGGCUCACCAUGGCCUCCUACAACCUCCUCCUGCCCCUGUGGCUCCAGGGCUGCUUCAUCGGGUUGCUGCUGGUGCUGUCUGGACUCUUCUCGGGACUCAACCUGGGCCUGAUGGCGCUCGAUAUGACGGAGCUAAAGAUCGUCUCCAACACGGGCUCGACGGAGGAGCGCCGCUACGCCCGCGCUAUCGAGCCUGUGAGGAGGCACGGGAACUUUCUGCUGUGCACCCUCCUGCUGGGGAACGUGCUGGUCAACUCCUCACUCACCAUCUUGCUGGACGAGCUGUCUACGGGGCUUAUUGCCGUCAUCGGUUCCACAAUCGGCAUCGUAAUUUUCGGCGAGAUAAUUCCGCAGGCUAUCUGUUCGCGGCACGGCCUGGCCAUCGGAGCGCGGACCGUCUGGCUGGUGAGGGUGUUCAUGAUCAUCACUGGCCCCGUGGCGUAUCCGAUCUCAAGGAUCUUGGACUGGGUGCUGGGUGAGGAGAUUGGCAACACUUAUGAUCGGGAGCGCCUCAAGGAACUGAUCAAGGUGACGCACGACCACAAUGACCUCAAGAUGGAGGAGCAGAACAUUAUCUGCGGUGCCCUGGAGCUGCACAAGAAGACGGUGGGAGAGGUGAUGACGAAGCUUGAAGAUGUGUACAUGUUGAGCGUCGACAGGAACCUUGACUUCGACACCAUCAACGAAAUCAUGCAGCAAGGCUAUUCUCGUGUACCAGUGUAUGAGAGUGAGCGCACCAACAUCAUAGCAGUGCUGUUCAUCAAGGACUUGGCCUACAUUGACCCUGAUGACAACACUCCUCUCAGAACACUCUGCCAGUUCUACCAGAAUCCAUGCAACUUUGUCUUUGUGGACACCACUCUUGACAUCAUGUUCAAGGAGUUCAAAGAAGGCAACAAGGGUCACAUGGCAUUUGUGCAGUGCGUGAACAGUGAGGGUGAUUGUGACCCAUUCUAUGAAGUGCUGGGCUUGGUUACUCUGGAAGAUGUCAUUGAGGAGCUGAUUCAAGAGGAGAUUGUGGAUGAGACAGACGUGUUCACGGACAACAAAACCAAACGUCGCCGGCAAGUCACUGGACGACCAAACUUCACUGAGUUCUCCAACCCCACCAACCAGACCAACCACAAGCGAGUGCAGAUCUCCGCUCAGAUGCUGGUGGCAGCACUGCAGUACCUCCGAACCUCUGUUGAGCCAUUCAAGGAAGGUCAGCUGUCAGAAAUGGUAGUGAAGAAAUUGCUGAAUCAAGAUGUCAUCCACAACAUCAAGCUGCGCAACAAAGAGAAUCCAAAGGCUGAUCUUCAUUCCUAUAUUUACACACAGGGUAAACCAGUGGAUUAUUUUGUCUUGAUUUUGGAAGGCCACGUGGAAGUGACCAUAGGGAAAGAGAAUCUCACCUUUGAGAGUGGUCCUUUCACUUACUUUGGCCUUGCUGCAGUCUCACAGAUCCAGUCUAUAGGUGAAUCCCCCUCAGCAUCCACUCAGCUCAGCAAAGGCAGUAUGUUGGGAAGUGUGCAGUCACUUGAUUCAGCCAAAUUUUCCUUCACCCCAGACUACUCUGUUCGUGCAAUCACUGAGGUGGUGUACCUGAGGGUGCGGCGGUCACACUACAUUGCUGCCAGACGUGCCUUCCUGCUGGAGCAGGCACAGAAAGAGCCACAUAGUGAGGAAAACUUUGAAAAGGAAUUUGCCAAGAUGUUGAUUGAGGAUGAUGGACCAAGUUCACCAACAUGGGAGAGCACACCACUCACCACUCCGCUAAAUAAGUUGCAUCAAUAUACCUAGCUAGCUGCUUGAUGACUUCCCUAAAGUUAUAUUGUAUCCCGAGGUAUUGGAAACAUGG